AUGCAUCAUUUUAUGGGUUUCACUCAUUCUAAUCCCUUGUUCAUUCAUUCUCUUUCUUUUCUUUUUUUUUUAUUCAUUCUCAUUUUUAUUCGUUCUCUUUCUUUUUAUUUAUUCAUUUUUUAUUCGUUCUCUUUCUUUUUUAUUUAUUCAUUUUUUAUUCGUUCUCUUUCUUUUUUAUUUAUUCAUUUUUUAAUCGUUCUCUUUUUAUUCGUUCUCUUUCUUUUUUAUUUCUUCACUUUUUUAUUCGUUCUCUUUCUUUUUUAUUCAUUCUCUUUUUAUUCAGUUUUAUAUUAUUUCUUUUAUUAUUCUUUAAUUUUAUAUUUUAUCGUCAAUAUUUUUAUAUUAUUACUUUAUUUUCUAAUUUUAUAUUUUUAUUCAUUUUUUUAUAUUUUAUUAUAUUUAUUAUUUUUUGAUUCGCCUCAUUCAUCAAUAUCCCAACUUCGCCCCCUUUUUUCUCGUUUUUCUUUUCUUAACCUCUCUUUCUCUCUGGUUGCCUCUUUCUGUCUCUUCCUUUUUUUUUGUCGUUUUCACUCUUUUCUUUGA